AUGUGGGUAUCCUGGGCUCCUGGCCUGUGGCUGCUCGGUCUUUGGGCUACCUUCAGCCAUGGGGCAAAUACAGGUGCACAUUGCCCACCUUCACAGCAGGAAGGACUCAAAUUGGAACACAGUAGUAGCCUGCCAGCCAAUGUGACUGGCUUCAACCUCAUCCGCCGACUCAGCCUCAUGAAGAUGUCUGCCAUCAAGAAGAUCCGCAACCCCAAGGGGCCUCUCAUCCUGCGCCUGGGGGCGGCCUCCGUGACCCAGCCUACGCGACGAGUAUUCCCUCGGGGCCUCCCGGAGGAGUUUGCCCUGGUGCUGACACUACUGCUGAAGAAACACACCCACCAGAAGACGUGGUAUCUGUUUCAAGUGACCGAUGCAGAUGGGUAUCCACAGAUUUCCCUGGAAGUCAACAGCCAAGAGCGGAGCCUGGAGCUCAGGGCCCAGGGCCAGGAUGGCGACUUUGUGUCCUGCAUCUUCCCAGUGCCCCAGCUCUUCGACCUGCGUUGGCACAAGCUGAUGCUGAGUGUGGCUGGACGUGUGGCCUCUGUGCACGUGGACUGCAGCUCAGCCUCCUCCCAGCCUCUGGGGCCCCGGCGACCCAUGAGGCCUGUGGGCCAUGUAUUUCUAGGCUUGGAUGCUGAGCAGGGCAAGCCUGUCUCGUUUGACCUUCAGCAGGUGCACAUCUACUGUGACCCGGAGCUCGUGCUGGAGGAGGGCUGCUGUGAGAUUUUACCAACAGGGUGCCCCCCAGAGACCUCCAAGGCCCGCCGGGACACCCAGAGCAAUGAGCUCAUUGAGAUCAAUCCACAGUCUGAAGGCAAGGUCUACACCCGCUGCUUCUGCCUGGAGGAACCUCAAAACAGCCAGGUGGAUGCCCCGCUGACGGGAAGAAUCAGCCAGAAGGCAGAAAGGAGAACAAAGGUCCACCGGGAGACAGCAGCCGAUGAGUGUCCACCCUGUGUCCAUGGUGCCCAGGACAGCAAUGUGACACUUGCUCCCUCUGGCCCCAAGGGAGGGAAAGGUGAGCGGGGCCUGCCUGGUCCACCAGGCUCCAAGGGAGAGAAGGGAGCACGGGGCAACGACUGUGUUCGAAUCUCCCCGGAUGCCCCACUUCAGUGUGCAGAAGGCCCAAAGGGAGAGAAGGGGGAGUCAGGAGCUCUGGGACCCUCAGGACUCCCAGGCACAACAGGCGAGAAGGGCCAGAAAGGCGAGAAGGGCGACGGAGGCCUUAAGGGUGUGCCGGGAAAGCCAGGCCGGGACGGCCGGCCAGGAGAGAUCUGUGUCAUUGGGCCCAAAGGACAGAAGGGAGACCCUGGCUUUGUUGGGCCUGAGGGGCUGGCAGGAGAGCCUGGACCCCCCGGCCUCCCUGGACCCCCUGGGAUAGGACUGCCUGGGACCCCGGGGGAUCCAGGUGGCCCACCAGGCCCUAAGGGAGACAAGGGCAGCUCUGGGAUCCCAGGAAAGGAAGGCCCUGGUGGGAAACCUGGGAAACCAGGUGUGAAGGGAGAGAAGGGUGACCCCUGUGAAGUGUGCCCAACACUGCCUGAAGGGUUCCAGAGCUUUAUUGGACUCCCUGGAAAGCCAGGGCCCAAAGGGGAGCCUGGUGAUCCUGUAUCAGCCAGGGGAGACCCUGGCAUCCAAGGCAUCAAAGGAGAGAAGGGGGAGUCCUGCUUGUCCUGCAGCUCGGUUGUAGGGGCCCAGCAUCUUGCAUCCUCCACAGGGGCCAGUGGAGAUGUGGGCUCCCCUGGCUUUGGUCUGCCUGGCCUUCCGGGGAAAGCUGGGUUGCCAGGCCUGAAAGGAGAGAAGGGUAACUUCGGGGAGGCAGGGCCAGCUGGCAGUCCAGGGCCACCAGGACCAGUGGGACCAGUAGGCAUCAAAGGGGCGAAGGGGGAGCCCUGUGAGCCGUGCCCGGCCCUGUCCAACCUUCAGGAUGGGGAUGUCCGUGUGGUGGCCUCGCCUGGCCCAUCCGGAGAGAAGGGGGAACCUGGGCCUCCAGGCUUUGGCUUGCCAGGAAAACAGGGCAAGGCUGGAGAGCGUGGACUGAAGGGGCAGAAGGGUGAUGCUGGGAAUCCCGGAGACCCUGGAACGCCGGGAACAACAGGGCGGCCAGGACUGUCAGGAGAGCCUGGAGUUCGGGGCCCUGCGGGGCCAAAAGGAGAAAAGGGUGAUGGCUGCACUGCCUGCCCCGGCCUGCAGGGGGCAAUGACUGACGUGGCAGGACGGCCUGGGCAGCCCGGCCCCAAAGGAGAACCGGGUCCCGAAGGCGUGGGCCGACCUGGUAAACCCGGCCAACCCGGUCUACCAGGAGUUCAAGGGCCCCCAGGUCUGAAGGGCAUGCAGGGAGAGCCAGGGCCUCUAGGAAGGGGAAUCCAGGGACCACAGGGGGAGCCUGGAGCACCGGGUUUGCCUGGCAUUCAGGGACUUCCGGGACCUCGGGGACCACCUGGCCCCACUGGAGAGAAGGGUGCCCAGGGAUCUCCAGGGGUAAAAGGAGCCACCGGACCCGUGGGACCUCCUGGGGCCAGUGUCUCUGGGCCUCCGGGCCGUGAUGGGCAGCAAGGACAGACGGGACCCAGAGGGACACCAGGUGAAAAGGGACCACGAGGAGAGAAGGGUGAGCCAGGGGAGUGCUCCUGCCCUUCUCGAGGAGACCUCGUCUUCUCUGGCAUGCCGGGUGCUCCGGGACUUUGGAUGGGCAGCUCCUGGCAGCCGGGCCCGCAGGGUCCACCAGGUAUUCCUGGACCACCAGGCCCCCCUGGAGUGCCCGGGCUGCAGGGAGUGCCUGGAAACAACGGUUUGCCAGGACAGCCUGGGCUCACUGCGGAACUGGGAUCCUUACCAAUUGAACAGCACCUCCUUAAGAGUAUCUGCGGGGACUGUGUCCAGGGGCAGAGGGCCCACCCAGCGUACCUCGUGGAGAAGGGAGAGAAGGGAGACCAGGGCAUCCCUGGUGUGCCAGGCCUCGACAACUGCGCCCAGUGCUUUUUGUCGCUGGAGCGCCCAAGAGCCGAGGAGGCCCGGGGCGACAACAGCGAGGGAGAUCCUGGCUGCGUUGGGAGCCCAGGCCUGCCUGGUCCUCCGGGAUUGCCAGGCCAGAGAGGAGAAGAGGGUCCGCCUGGCAUGAGGGGCUCCCCGGGUCCUCCAGGCCCUAUUGGCCCCCCAGGUUUUCCUGGUGCUGUUGGCUCCCCCGGAUUGCCUGGCCUUCAAGGAGAGCGAGGCCUCACAGGCCUGACUGGAGACAAGGGGGAGCCGGGUCCUCCAGGGCAACCAGGUUAUCCAGGUGCCAUGGGCCCCCCAGGACUGCCUGGCAUCAAGGGGGAACGUGGCUACACCGGGUCAGCGGGAGAGAAAGGAGAGCCGGGCCCCCCAGGAUCUGAAGGCCUCCCAGGCCCCCCAGGCCCAGCGGGUCCCAGAGGAGAGCGAGGACCCCAAGGGAACUCGGGUGAGAAGGGCGACCAGGGAUUUCAAGGCCAGCCAGGCUUUCCGGGCCCACCGGGUCCCCCUGGAUUCCCAGGCAAAGUUGGAGCACCUGGCCCACCUGGCCCUCAAGCAGAGAAGGGCAGCGAAGGGAUUCGAGGCCCAUCAGGCAUGCCUGGUUCCCCUGGGCCACCGGGACCUCCUGGGAUUCAGGGCCCCGCCGGUCUGGAUGGUCUGGAUGGGAAGGACGGCAAGCCUGGCUUGAGGGGGGACCCUGGUCCUGCUGGCCCCCCUGGACUCAUGGGACCACCGGGCUUUAAGGGGAAAACAGGACAUCCUGGCCUCCCAGGACCUAAGGGUGACUGUGGCAAACCAGGUCCCCCUGGCAGCACUGGCCGGCCUGGCGCAGAGGGUGAACCUGGUGCCAUGGGACCCCAGGGAAGACCUGGUCCCCCCGGCCAUGUUGGGCCACCAGGGCCUCCAGGCCAGCCAGGACCAGCUGGGAUCUCUGCAGUGGGUCUGAAAGGAGACCGAGGAGCCACCGGAGAAAGGGGCCUUGCAGGCCUCCCAGGCCAGCCCGGCCCCCCUGGACACCCUGGCCCCCCGGGCGAACCUGGUACGGAUGGUGCAGCUGGCAAAGAGGGACCCCCUGGAAAGCAGGGAUUCUAUGGACCUCCUGGACCCAAGGGUGAUCCAGGAGCCGCAGGACAGAAGGGCCAGGCAGGAGAGAAGGGGAGAGCCGGCAUGCCUGGUGGUCCUGGCAAGAGUGGUUCCAUGGGGCCUGUUGGGCCACCAGGCCCUGCAGGAGAGAGAGGUCACCCUGGAGCUCCAGGGCCUUCAGGGAGCCCUGGCUUGCCUGGUGUGCCUGGCUCCAUGGGAGACAUGGUGAAUUAUGAUGAAAUCAAGAGGUUCAUCAGACAAGAGAUCAUUAAAAUGUUUGAUGAGAGAAUGGCUUACUACACCUCCAGGAUGCAGUUCCCCAUGGAGAUGGCAGCGGCUCCGGGACGACCAGGGCCCCCAGGGAAGGAUGGUGCUCCCGGCAGGCCAGGCGCUCCAGGGUCACCUGGGCUCCCUGGUCAGAUUGGCAGAGAAGGACGGCAGGGCUUGCCAGGAAUGAGAGGACUGCCUGGUACCAAAGGUGAAAAGGGGGACAUUGGUGUUGGCAUUGCAGGAGAAAAUGGUCUUCCCGGCCCCCCAGGUCCUCAAGGUCCUCCAGGCUAUGGCAAGAUGGGCGCAACAGGACCAAUGGGCCAGCAAGGCAUCCCUGGCAUCCCUGGGCCCCCGGGUCCCAUGGGCCAGCCAGGCAAGGCUGGCCACUGUAGCCCCUCUGACUGCUUUGGGGCCAUGCCGAUGGAGCAGCAGUACCCACCCAUGAAAACCAUGAAGGGGCCUUUUGGCUGA